AUGUAUCCUCCCAUCAGCUGUUUUUGUUUUGCUAUAUGAAUAUUGGAAGUUAGCGCAAAAAAGGCAGCGUCGACCAUACAGAAUAUAGAGGUUCAUUGCGGAGUCGCCGUCUAUCUCGCCUGACUACAUUCAGGAUACUUCGCUCAUUGUGCAAUGUGUGCGUUUUGAGCUAGUCUGUCCGGACAUUCCUUUGCCUGAGGAGUGUGAGCGUGGCGCCUGGAGUCGGUAAGCAGAGGAGGGGAAGCGGGUUCCGGUUGGGAUCGACCCGAACCCAAGGCCUCCGACCUCGACCGGCGAAAGAAGAGGGAUUUUGGCCUCUCGGAUGGAGUCCCAGGACGCACCGGAGGGUCCCGGACUGCACAGAGCCUUCAUCUGUGCCUCGUUCAACCAGGACAUCACCUCUCUGUCAGUGGGAACCAAAACUGGCUACUGGCUUUUCUCAGUCACUGCUGUGGAUAAACUGGACUGCAUCCAUGAAGGAGUUGAGUGUCCCGAUGUCUAUAUAGUGGAGCGACUUUUCUCCAGUAGUCUGGUGGUGGUGGUCAGUCUGUCCAUGCCUCGCCGCAUGAACGUCUACCACUUCAAGAAGGGCACAGAGAUUUGUAACUACAGCUACUCCAACAACAUCCUCUCUGUCAGGCUCAACAGACAGCGGCUGGUCGUGUGCCUGGAGGAGUCCAUCUACAUUCACAAUAUAAAAGACAUGAAACUCCUCAAGACCCUGCUCAACACACCCACCAACCCCUCAGGUCUCUGCGCCCUCUCUGUCAACCAGGGUAACUCCUACCUCGCGUACCCUGGCAGCUCCACCAUCGGAGAGAUCACAGUUUACGAUGCCAAUAACCUGAGCACUGUGACGCUCAUCCAAGCCCAUGACAGUCCCCUGGCAGCCCUCACCUUCAAUGCCUCUGGCACAAAGCUGGCCAGCGCUUCAGAGAAGGGCACUGUUAUUAGGGUCUUCAGCAUUCCUGAAGGACAGAGACUGUUUGAAUUUCGGCGAGGGAUGAAAAGAUAUGUUAGCAUCAGUUCAUUGUCCUUUAGUGCAGAUGCACAGUUCCUGUGCGCCUCCAGCAACACUGAAACGGUCCACAUCUUCAAACUGGAGCAGCACAGCCCCAGUCACGAGGAGGAAUCUCCCACAUGGUCCCAGUAUGUGGGGAAAAUGUUCACAGCAGCCAGCACCUACUUGCCCACCCAGGUGUCAGACAUGAUGCAUCAGGACAGAGCCUUCGCCACCGUGCGACUCAACAUGUUUGGCUUGAAGAACAUCUGUGCCCUGGCUACGAUUCAGAAGCUCCCCCGACUCCUGGUGGCUUCCUCCGACGGGUAUCUUUACAUCUACAAUGUGGAUCCACAGGAUGGAGGCGAGUGUGUCCUUGUUCAAAAACACAGGAUGUUUGACUCUGGUGACGAGCAGGUGGAACAAAGGGAAGAGGAGAAAUCGGAAGAAGUCUCUCCCCAACCAGCCAGUCAAUCAUAUGCUGCCACUGUGGCUCUUCCUUCAACACCACCUUCCUCCACCACUCUCAUGGGUAUGAUUCCUCUCUACAUAAGCACUAGGAACUUCGUACAUUGUCUGUGUGAUGAUGUGCCUGACUGCAGAGGACCCUGGACUGUAGCAGUUAGAUUCCUAAGUAUACAGCAACAUUCCUUUCCCAAACCUCGAGCAGCUGGUUUCCUUAGUUACCAGAUGUUUGCAGACUGGUGUUAAGAGGGGAUGCUGCACUGUGGAAAAUGUGUGUUGUUGGGUUGUUUUAAGUAGACGUUUAAGAACGUAAAAACUUCAUACACAGAAGUGGCCAAAAGUGGAACGUUUCUCUGGAACCUUUCUUCUCUCCCUAGGCUACUCUGAGGAUGGUGGAGCCCAGAAGGGCGAAGUCAUCCCUGAGCACGAAUUUGCUGAAGGCCCCGUUUGCUUGGAUGACGAGAACGAGUUUCCUCCAGUCGGCAAACACAGUAACUGACCAAACCGUCCCCUUCAUGGACCCUCCUGUCCUCGUAUGACAACCUCACCCACUGGUUUCAAACAGGAGCAAUGGACACAAAGUAUUUCCAACAUGUUGAGACAUUGUAGCAGCCUAAUUUUCCAAUGUGUCCCUGCUGGCCUAGGGUCAAAUCUUCCUGGUGUUUCAGUAUCCUGCAUCCUUCCCUUUUUCAAUGGAACACUCUAAAAAAAAGAAAAAAGAAGCCUCAGAACAUCUUAAGCAUUUUGCUUUUGACACAAAUGUUGAAGAGUUCCAAAUAACUCCAGGAUUUCUGUUUUUAUUUUAUUUUUUUUACUAAUGAAUAAAAGUAAGGAGGAAUAUUACAAGGUAGUAGAGACACAAUAGACAACAGGUGGGCCUAUUCUGCAGCCUUUGUAGAGCAACCAGGAACCAAAUUCACAAAAAUGCCCUUAAAAAGGGGAGAUGAGUCAUCUGAGAGGUCAGUUUUAGCAUUCUUCUUACCUUUUAAUCUAAACUCUUAAAACGUUUCUGGUAUGUACAACAAUAAGGAAUAACUAUUGUUUGAGCCCCUUUAUCAAGGGCAUUAUUGUCAAUCAGGCCAGAGGGCAUUAAAGGUGUCACAGAAAGAAGGAGUAAAGGAGAAAAAAAUGUCUGAAGCGUGAUACACUAUUUAAAUCAUGAUACUUGCAGUCAGUAUUAAAUGACUUGCAGAUGCAGCUGUGAUGCUAAUUAUGGUAGCGACAGACGAGACUGAAAACCUACAGCGUCACGAUCGUAACCUGAUCAUAUAUCUGGAGGCUUGACGGCGGGCUGUACGUGACGAAGUUACACGUCCUUGAAUUUCAGCGAUAUCUUGAAGACGCUUUUAUUAUAUGAUGCUGAAUAUGUUAACAUGUACGUCAAUAUUACUUUGGUGUAUUAAAUAUUUUAUUGCAAAACCUUUAAGGAAUUACACAUCAACGCAUAGACUUACCAUGCGUAGAUAUAUAUAUUGAGGAUUUUUAAAGUGUGUAUAAUGUGUACAUAAGUAACAUUUAUAUAUAGUACUGUUGUUUUAAGUAACAUGGUCAUAGCAUCGUAUUUGCCAAAAGGUGGCACUGUUAGGACUCCCAUACACUGCAUUGAGCAGUGCAGUACUAGACACUACACCAGAGACUCAUUAAAGCCGAUAACUGACUCAA